AUGGCUGGUUGGAAAACUAAAUACCUCAACAUGGCUGGGAGAACAGUCCUAGCCAAAACUUCUUUGAACAACAUCUCAAGUCAUGUUAUGCAAUACAUAAAUCUACCCACCAAAAUCACCAAUCAGAUUGAUAGAAUUCAGAGAAACUUCCUUUGGGGCACCACCCUUAAAAGGAAGAAGCUACAUCUGAUCAAGUGGGAGGUAGUCACUAAGACCAAGGCUGAGGGCGGGCUAGGGCUCCAAAAGGCUAGUACCAAGAACAAAGCUUCACUCACAAAUCUGGCAUGGAGGACCUAUAAGAAUACCAAUAGUCUAUGGGCUAGAGUUCUCAUUCACAAACAUUGCAACAUGUCUAGACCAGUUAGAGCAUUUAGACACCCUAAACACCUAAAAUCUCCAACAUGGAAGGGCAUUCUAAAGGGCUGGGAGAUAUGCAGCAAAGCAAGCAGAUGGGUAGUCCACAAAGAAAAUAUGGUCAGUUUCUUGAAUGACACUUGGAUCGCUAAUCAGCCAGCUAUCAGACAGAUGAUUAGAGGCUCAUUGACCCAAAAUGACCUUGAGGCCAAGGAAAACAUUGUCCAUAUUUUCUUUGAAUUUCCUAAUGUUGUCCAUUUCUGGAAUGACAUACUAUCCAAAUCUACAGGAAAUAGUUCAAAUAAUCACCCAGUCUUCAAUAGGUGGUGGCAAUCAACAUGGAACACUCUAAAAAAUGUCCUUUUCAAUAACUACAUCUGUUGGGACAACCUCAUUCCUUUUUGUCUGUGGAACAUCUGGUUAACCAGAAACAUCAAUGUAUUCAAUAACAAGAAAGAGCACAUCAAUGCCAAUAACACAAUCUCAAAAGCAACCGAGUACCUUAUGCUUACAAAGAAUGACUCAACAAAGGUAACUCACCAGAUCAUGUUAAAAUGGGAACCUCCUUCCAGAGGUUCCUACAAACUGAAUACAGAUGGAGCAGCAAAGGGGAACCUAGGAAUAGGAGGUUCAGGGAGAAUAUUCAGAAACCACAAUGGGGACUGGAUAUUGGGCUACAUGGACAAUAUCCCCCAAACAACAAAUACAAGGGCAGAAGUUAAGGCCCUCAUACGGGGUCUACAAUUGGCAGAGCAAAACCAUUUAGUACCACUGGAAAUAAACACUGAUUCAGCUGAAACAAUCAAUAUGCUUUUGAAUGGAAGUCUGAUUUUUGACCCUCUAAUUUGCGAAUGCAGGUCAAUCAUCCAAAGGAUGGGCAGCGUGGUAGUGAGGCAUACCUACCGGGAACAAAACAGAGUAGUUGAUGCAUUGGCCAAGGAAGCAGCAAAGGAGAUGUUUUUGAACAAAUCUAUGACAUUAUCAGUUCCUCCGAUGUUUGUCAAUGAUGUAUUUUGGGCAUACAUCCUAGGAACUGAACUAGUUAGGUCUUUUGUGGAUUGUAACCUAAAUACAAUUAUGCUAAACCUUACAACUAUGGGGUCUCUGUGA